AGCGGUGGUCGGUACACAUGCAUUAUUGAACAUGAAUCUUUCCACCGACAAUCGCGCUGCACAUUUGGAUCCAUGCUAAGACUUAAGACCUGCUUCUGCUGCAACAAAUCUGAAGCUUCCCAUAGCCUUAAAAAUUCCUUCAACCCCACCUCGAAUAGGAAUUUUCUUUCACCGUUAAAUGUAAUUCAUUAAUAGCUCUGUAGAGCCUUACCAUUAAUCUCUUUUUUCCUUCGUUCUAGAAGAUUUCGCUCUUCACCAUAAUAGCUAGAAGGCUGAAUCUUUCCCUAAUACUGGAGCCAAUUAGCUUUAGAAAUGUUGGAAGCGAAUGAUCUUUAGGUUAGGUUAUUUGGUUUGGGGGAUCAUCUUAGGAAAUUCAAAUUGUGUUUUUUUUAUUUGUCUGUCGUGUAGAUGAAGAUCUGUUGCAUAUUGUUCGAUUGAUAGUUCAGGUUGUGUAUUUAACUAUUGAUUUGUUUGUAAUGUGGAUGAAGAUCCAUUACAUAUUGUUUGAAAAGUAGUUCAAGUUGUGUAAUGUUUCAGAAGUUAUAAGAGACUCGCCCUAUAAAGAUUUCAGAUCACUGGACUAAACUCUCUAGUUUUCCAAAAGGAAAAUGUUGGAAGGGAGGGGAGUUAUAGAAAGUACAGACAUGGCGGAGGAGCUGCAAAGACAUGCAAUGCUCUGUGCAUCCGAAGCUCUUGAUUUGUUUGACGUUUCCCAGUGCCAAAACAUUGCAUGCCAUAUCAAGAAGGAGUUUGAUAAGUUCUAUGGCGGGGGAUGGCAGUGCAUUGUGGGGAUGAACUUUGGCUGUUAUUUCACUCAUGGCAAAGGAAGUUUCAUCUAUUUCUGUUUGGGGACGCUCAAGUUCUUGAUAUUCAAGGGAGCAUAAUCAUCUCGAUGUAUAUCAUGUUUCCUUCCAUUUGUUCAUGCAUAUUAUCUUUCCUCCAUGUAUGAGCUUCUGUAAAUAUUUUAUAAGAUUUUAUUUUCUUUAAGAAGCAUUGUGAAGCUGUGGCUUUCCUCAGCUAGAGUAAUAAAGAAAGGGGACUUUACCAUAGUGCA